AGUACUUUCUCUGAGGACCCCACCUCAGUAGCAACAGCUGCUCACCCUCUAAGGAAGGCAAUCAGUGCCCCUCCCAGCGGGGGGCAGGCGUCUGCUGCCAUGGAUACCGAAUCGACAUACUCGGGAUAUUCCCACUACUCAGGUCACUCCAAAAAAGCCCACAGACAAGGGAGUCGGGACAGGCACAAAUCGCCACGGAGUAAAGAUGGCAGUAGGUCAGAGAAAUCAGUCACCAUCCAGACGCCUCCCGCGGAACCGCUGCUGGGGAAUGAUGCCUCUCGGACAGAAGAGGGUCAGGAUGACAAUUGGGGUGAGACCACAACAGCUAUCACAGGCACCUCGGAGCACAGCAUCUCCCAGGAGGACAUUGCCAGGAUCAGUAAGGAUCUGGAGGACAGUGUUGGCUUGGAUUGCAAACGCUAUCUUGGUUUAACAGUGGCUGCUGUCCUUGGACUCCUCGUCUUCCUUACCCCCAUUGCCUCCAUUCUCUUACCCCAGAUCCUGUGGUGGGAUGAACUGGAGCCAUGUGGCACCGUCUGCGAGGGACUGUUCAUCUCUGUGGCUUUUAAACUCCUGAUUCUUCUGAUUGGGACCUGGGCUCUGUUCUUCCGUCAGUCGAAGGCGGAUAUACCAAGAGUGUUCGUGUUCCGGGCCCUCCUGUUGGUCCUUAUAUUCCUGUUUGUUUUUUCCUACUGGCUCUUCUAUGACGUCCGCAUCUUGGACUCCAAGGACACCAAUUACCAGGGGAUAGUGCAGUAUGCGGUGUCUCUCGUAGAUGCUCUCCUCUUCAUUCACUAUCUAGCCAUUGUGCUGCUGGAGCUGAGGCAACUGCAGCCCAUGUUCACGGUCAAGGUGGUGCGGUCGACAGAUGGAGAGUCGCGAUAUUAUAGCUUGGGGCACCUGAGGUCUGAAUCCACUGCAGGUUUCUCUGCAGUUGCCUUUUUAAGUGCUAGUGGACAGUGUGGAGGGACUGCAUUGGACACUGCAGUCUAUUUGUCUGCGGAACAAGAACAGCACUUGAUAGCACAUGCCUCCUGCAGCAUGGUGCCAGUUGUGUGCCUAAUCCCCUGUCCUAAAGAACCCACCUCCAGAGCGAAAGUGACAUUGACUCUCCAUGUCCUGGUCAGUCUUUGGCACCCCGUCAGUAAUGGGGACCAUUUGUGA